GUGCCGGGGCCGCGGUCAGGGCCGUGCCCAUGGCGCUGGCGGCUGCCCGAGCGCGGGUGCUGCGCGCCCUCCGCCGCCCGCUCCCGCCGGGACAGGUCCCGGUCCAUGUCCCGGUCGCCGCCCGGCGCUGCUGUAGCGGUGACAGCGGCGGUCUCGGCGCGCUGCCGCCCGGCGGGUACCGGGUCUGGCAGGAGCGGGCGGCCCGGGACCCCGCCGCGUUCUGGGCGGAGGUGGCGCGGGGCGCGCUGCGCUGGGACCGCCCGUUCCACACAGCCCGCGGGGCCGGACCGCCCGCUGCCGUGCGCUGGUUCCUCGGCGGCCGCCUCAACGUCUCCGUAAAUUGCUUGGAUCAGCAUGUCAAAAAGUCUCCCAACAGAGUGGCUUUGAUCUGGGAGAGAGAUGAGCCUGGCACCGCAGUGCAUGUCACCUACAGGGAACUCCUGGACCUGACCUGCCGUCUUGCCAACACCCUGAAGAAAUAUGGCAUACAGAAAGGGGACAGGGUGGCCAUCUAUAUGUCCGUGUCCCCCUUGGCAGUGGCAGCCAUGCUGGCUUGUGCCAGGAUUGGUGCCAUCCACACCGUGGUCUUCGCUGGAUUCAGUGCAGAUUCCUUGGCCGGGAGGAUCGUGGACUCUGGAUGCAAAGCAGUUAUCACCUACAACCAGGGCGUCAGGGGAGGACGGACCAUAGAGCUGAAGACGACUGUGGAUGAAGCUGUGAAGAACUGUCCAAACAUCAAACAUGUCUUUGUGGCUCAGAGGACAGAUAACAAAGUCCAGAUGGGUGACCAUGAUAUUCCACUUGACGAGGAAAUGGCCAAGGCAGCUUCUGUAUGCGCUCCAGAGAGCAUGGACAGUGAAGACAUGCUUUUCAUGCUGUAUACCUCAGGCAGCACUGGGAAACCCAAAGGAAUUGUUCACACCCAGGCUGGAUACCUGCUGUAUGCUGCUCUCACGCACAAGUAUGUAUUUGACUACCAGCAAGGCGAUGUUUUUGGCUGUGUGGCUGACAUUGGCUGGAUCACGGGACAUAGCUAUGUUGUAUAUGGACCACUCUGCAAUGGAGCCACCUCUGUCCUAUUUGAAAGCACUCCAGUGUACCCUGACCCAGGUCGUUACUGGGAAAUGGUGGAGAGAUUGAAAAUUAAUCAGUUUUAUGGAGCACCCACGGCUAUACGCUUGCUGCUGAAUUAUGGAGAAGAGUGGGUGAAGAAGUAUGACAGAUCGUCCUUGAAGACCUUGGGAUCAGUGGGAGAGCCCAUCAACAGCGAAGCUUGGCACUGGUUCUACCAUGUGGUGGGAGAAGGACGCUGUACCCUUGUGGACACGUGGUGGCAGACAGAAACUGGUGGUAUCUGCAUUGCCCCACGGCCUUCAGAGGAGCAAGCUGAGAUCAUUCCUGCUAUGGCCAUGAGACCUUUCUUUGGGAUCAUGCCCGUGCUGAUGGAUGAGAAGGGAAAGGUUAUAGAAGGCAACGAUGUGUCCGGUGCACUCUGCAUUGCCCAGCCAUGGCCCGGCAUGGCGAGAACAAUCUAUGGAGAUCAUCAGCGGUUUGUUGAUGCCUAUUUCAAAGUCUACCCAGGUUACUACUUCACAGGGGAUGGUGCUUACAGGACCGAGAAAGGCUAUUACCAGAUAACAGGGCGCAUGGAUGAUGUCAUCAACAUCAGUGGACACAGGCUCGGGACAGCCGAGAUUGAAGAUGCAAUGGCUGAUCACCCUGAGGUCCCUGAGACAGCUGUGAUUGGGUAUCCACACAAGAUCAAGGGCGAAGGUGCCUUCGCUUUCAUAGUGCUAAAGGAGCAGACAGACAAUAUAGAGCGUGUCAAAGAAGAGCUCAAAACUAUAGUGGCUUCUAAGAUAGCAAAAUACGCUGUGCCUGACCACAUUCUGGUGGUGAAACGUCUUCCUAAAACCCGAUCAGGGAAGAUAGUGAGAAGGCUGCUGAGGAAAGUAGUCACUGAACAGUCAAGCAACAUAGGAGAUGUCACCACACUUGAUGAUCCAAAUGUUAUCAAGGAGAUAUUGGAUGCUUACCAGAAAUACAAGGAGAAGAACUCCUUGUAACAGGCAGCUCUGGAAUCUCUCUCCUCUGGAAACGUGGAAGGUCUCAGAAAACAAGGCAAAUGACAUAGUUCUCUCUUGGUUUUUUUGUUUUGUUUUGGGUUUUUUUGUUUUUCUGUUUUCUUGUUUUUUUAAAAAACCUCUGUCCCCUUCUAGGGGAACAGGAUUUUCCACUCCCUGAGAAAUGUAUGAAAUGUAUCUGGGAAAUGUAUCUGUGCAGAGAUGCACAGAGCUAGGAGUAACCCACAGGUUUGCACAGUCAGUGAACUCCCUUUCGUUGCUUUUAGGGCUGUUGUAGAGCAGCCACUGGUGGUUCCCAUUAGCUAUGAUGAGAUUUAAUACUAGCUGAAGCAAGAGGCAGAUGUUCAUGUUUCCCAUUUUAAAGUUACUCUACAGGGAAAUGUUUUUAUACAAUACUUUUGAUGUUUUAAAAGAAGCCCUGGAAUGCACUACUUCAAUUUUUCCUUCGGCUGUGAUACCUGAGUCCAGGUAGCUGUAUUUCACUGCAACUGUGGUGCCUUUUCAGCAAUGCUGGGUAUUCCAGUAGAUGUUUCACCUAUGCUAUUAGGGAAAUGAGAAGGACCUGGCUAGUCUGAUAAUUCUUUCUUGUGUUUACCCAGUUGUUCUAAUACCUCAUUCUGCUCUACUUAUAAGGAUUCAUUCCUACCACUCUAUGUCCUGGGACUGGCCGGAGAUGGUGACCCUGUGUCCUUUCAUUGCGCCCCAACUAGGCAACCCAGCACUAGCACUUCCAGCUGCAAAACUGAGCCACUAAGUCUGCUGCUGGUCUCCCUGCAUGUCCUCAAUGCAUUACCAGUUGCAUAGAAAGGGUCUGGUUCCACAUGGUUUUAUUCUGCCUCGAGAAACUGAGAUCACUAACUUGGCUUUUAAAGUAACUCUUCCUCAUUGGUGAUGACAACUGCAUUGAUGUUGUCCAUCAUGGUUCACUUCUGCAUAUGAGAACUGGUGGUCAACAACUGGGAGAUCUUUGUUGCCAGUUGGUGAUUUGUGUAGGUGCCUUUGUUUCUUCAAGUCAGUGUGAAAAAGGACAAUGUUUGCUCUGAAGCAUUGGGAAACAAGUCCUGAAGUACUCAAGAGAGGUUUGAAGCUGAGAGGUGUGCUGGAGGGCUCAUUGUCAUUUGUCAGACUGUGUGAUUUCUGCUCCAACAAACAUGGGGACGCAGUUUGGAGGUAGGUUGGUUCUCCUCUCAGAAGUUAUGACUUAAUGCUUAUUGUUUCCAUAAUCAGCAUGCUGCCAUGCUGAUCUUCCAAAGAGUCAAGUGCCAGGUGGGAACCCACAAACUGCACAAUCCACAAAAAAGAACAAAGUGCCUCUUAGAUGCCUUCUGGAAAGUGCUAGUUGCAUUCUAGACCAGCAACCUCAGAACAGCAGGGAACAAUAACCUUUGCCUUUCGUAUUCUUUCAAAAUUGCAACUAAUAUAUUAAGUGGUUUAUUUCUGGACUCAUUUUAUGAUGGACACAUUUUGAUUGAAGCACUCCUUAUAUUUGGGCUGUUCAGAAGAAUUUGCUAGUAGGUCUCCUGUCCUCUAGUACGCUACUGAAGGUCAUGGAGAAGCCUGUAGGUGAUGGAUGCCUUUGAGACUUCUGCCACUGCUAAAUUUGGUUUAAGCUGGCUGAGGGGUUUGGAGUGGUUGGAGGAGGCUAUGGAGCAUGCCACGCUGUGGCUGGGGUCACUCCAUCAAACUUUGCAGUCCUGCCUCUGUCUUUCUCAGGUGACAGUCUGCCUAGUUUCAUGGAGCUGUGUGUUUUGACCUCAUAGUAAUAGGCAGAAUCACCAGAUUUUGCCCUAAUUUUACAGGGACAACUUAUUGCUGGAUUUAAGCGGAGCAGCACUGCCUUUUCCAGUGGGACUGUGUACUGGAAAAACAAUCUGUGCACCUAACUGGAGGCAGGAAAUGGCAAGGUGAUCUGGUAGGACAGGGAGAGGAGCAGUGAGGUUUUAGAAGGGGGAAGUCCAUCUUUCUAGAGAUGAGGUGUGUGUUGCACAGCCUAAUGUUAAGCCUUUCAUUUGUUUUCUUGUAAUCAUGCUUUAAACACAUUUAUUGUCCUUGACCAAAACCAGUUUCUUCAAUGAUGUCUGUAUUCAUACUUUCAUUAAAGGAAAUACCUUUCUCUGUG